UGGGAUUGACUGCAGUUGGUCACAUGGCAGAACGUCCUUCCAACUUGGAUGAAGCGCAGCAACAACGUAGAAUGGCCAAAAAGGAAAUGAUAAAGCCACUCUUGGGGAAUGAGUGUGAAAUUCAUAAUUACAGCCUCCAGAAAAUUACAGUGGGUAUUUUGGGGACUGGAGAUUUUGCUCGCUCCUUGGCAACACGUCUCGUAUGUUCUGGUUAUGACGUGAUCGUUGGAAGUCGAUAUCCUAAAUGCAAUGAAAGUUUGUUUCCCAGUGCAAUUGAAGUUACCAGUCAACGUGAAGCUACUAACAGGGCAAACAUCAUCUUUGUAGCAGUGCACCAUGAACAUUACAGUACAUUGAACAAACUUAGAGAUGGACUGAUGGGAAAGAUUCUUGUGGAUGUCAGCAACAAUGUUGAAGUAAAUGAGCGUGAAGAAUCAAAUGCAGAACGCCUUGCUUCUAUGUUCCCAGAAUCUACAGUUGUAAAAGCCUUUAAUCUCAUCUCAGCCUGGGCUCUACAGUCAGGUGCAAGAGAUGGAAGUAAACAGGUGAUGAUCUGUAGUAACAGCCAAGAAGCUAGAUGCAUGGUGGUUGAAAUAGCACGAAAUAUGGGAUUCAUUCCUCUGGAUUUUGGCUUACUAUCAUCAGCAAAAGAAAUUGAGAACCUCCCAUUACGUCUCUUCCCUUCGUGGAAAAUGCCUAUUAUCCUGACUGUAGUCUUAUUUGUACUUUUCUAUGUGUACAGCUUUAUUAGGAAGGUUAUUCACCCAUAUGUAAUGAAAGGGCAGAAUGUAUUUUAUAAAAUCCCAAUUAGUGUCGUCAAUGUCGCUCUACCAUGUGUUUCAUUCGUGAUGCUAUCCCUUGUUUACCUGCCAGGAGUUCUUGCAGCACUCUUUCAACUGCGCAAUGGUACAAAGUACAAGCGUUUUCCAUGCUGGUUAGAUCAGUGGCUUCAACAAAGGAAACAACUUGGUCUGUUGAGCUUCCUCUGUGCUGCCUUACAUGCUGUCUACAGCCUGUGCCUCCCUAUGCGUAGAUCUGCCCGUUACCAGCUGCUGAAUGAAGCUUCUGCUUUGAGUAGAGGUGAUAAGAAGAAUAUUUGGGUAGAAGAAGAAGUAUGGAGGAUGGAAAUUUACCUUUUCUUUGGAAUUUUGGCUAUCGGCAUGCUUUCAUUGCUCGCUGUGACAUCAUUGCCUUCAGUGGCAAAUUCUCUGAACUGGAGGGAAUUCAAUUUCAUUCAAUCCAGACUUGGAUUCACUGCUCUGGUGGUCAGCACUCUGCAUGUUCUAACUUUUGGAUGGCGCAAAGCCUUUGACUCUACUCAAUACAAGUUCUACCUACCACCUACAUUCGCGAUCACUCUCAUUGUGCCGUGUAUAGUCCUUCCGACCAAAGCGUUCCUAUUCCUUCCUUGUGUGAAUCGCAAACUGAAACGCAUCAGGCGAGGAUGGGAAACCAGUCACCAAGCGAAGUUCCGUGAACCUGGUGAAGCAGACUCUGUUGCACAUUUCAGCAUGGAGAGCACCAGCAGGGUUUGAUUUCUAUCUUCAAAGUUGUCAGUCAUUUUAUAAGGAAAAACUUUCCCCAAAUAAACCAAGUACAUAUACACAUGUAUGUGUUUUUUAAAUAUCUGAUAGGUAGAGCCAGAGAUGCUGCUCAAGAUUAGUUAUUCCCACAUAUAUAGAAUUACUUUUUGCAUAUGGUUUGUACAUAUUGAAUAAUAUGAUUACAUUGUGCAUAAGCAAAAUAAUGUUUCCUUAUGACAUUUUAAAAAUUGUGGCAUCAUUCUGGAACCUUGUGCAUCAAUUUGAAUGUAUUUGAACGAUGUUAAAUGUAUUGAACAUUUUAAAUGUGAAAUUUAAUUGCACUUUUAAACAUUAGUUUCUCCUUGAUCCACUAAGGUGACAGGUUACCCGGAAAGAGCAGCAGUCUAUUGGGUUAGACAGCAAUAAUUCAUAAUGUUGAAAAUUAGAAAAGUUGUACAGAGCUCAGGAUGUGUUCUGAGUAGAUUUUUCUUUCUUUUUUUUUUUUAAACCUUCCACAUCCCACCCAUUCCCCACACCGUUCCUCUCAAUUCUGUUUCCAUUAAACAGACUUGAGAAGAAAUGGCAGUUAUAGACAAUAGUAAACUGAUGUAGCCAUUUAUUAUGAUCUGGCUGGAGCACAAAAUACUCUGACAUUGGCUGUUACACAAUAAGUAUAUUUGUAUAUAUGUAUGGGCAAAUGUUUCCGUUGAAUUAUUAAUGUUUCACAUAAUUUCUGGAAUUAAAUCAGCCCAUCCAAUCUAAACUUUCUGGCAUACUUGCAAUAUAGAGUACAUUUUAUUUCAAGAAUUACACUGAGAUGUCAGAAGUGUUGGAUACAGACUAUUUAGUAUGGAGAGUUUAGAACUUUUAGAAUUUACUUAACAUGAAAUGUUAUUCCUGCACAGCAAAAGGUCCUGUACUGUUCCAGUUAGCCUCAAUUUGAUUCAUAGAUUGCAAAUAAAUGUGCCAGUGAAUACUUGGAGUAUGUUUCAAAAACAUUUCAUCUUGAAUUCAAUGAUAAACAUCCAGACUUACAACUUGAACCUUUUGGCAAUAUUAUCCUUAGAAAAAACUAGGUGAGGAUUAAAUAAUUCUAUAUUGUACGUUGAUUUUUGUCUCCUUAGUAAAAUUUACAGUUUCAGUUUUCUUGAACCACCUUGAAAGACAACAAUCCUAGAAGUUAAUAAUCACAAUAUUCUGCUUAAAUAGUCAUGAGACCAUACCAUCUACCAUCUUUCUAUGUUGACUGAUAAUCACUCUUUGACCUCUCGGUCACUAAAUGAUAGGUACAUUUUUCCACUUUUCUCAAAUAUUGUUGGUAAAGGGGUGAUGGUAAAUCUAGAAAUAGAUAGCUAGUUAAUUGCACCCCUCUCUGUUAUUUAUUGAUGGAGAAACUGUAAAUUAGAGUUUCGUAAUUCUAGUCAUUUCUCAUAUUUGUCAUGACAAGAGGCAGCAAAUCAGCCUGUACCACUUAACUGUAGCAGAGUUGUUCCAGAUGAAAAUCCAUCUCAAAAGUUCUUAUUUAAAGAAUUGUGCCAAAUCAAACUGUCCUUAAGAAAAAUGACUACUUUAUUAAAUGUCUUAUGUUGUAAUUUUACAAUUUGGGUUACAAUAGUUAGUUAAAUGAACUAUUUCAAACAAUAUUGCUUAGAACUAUAUUCUGCACUCUCUAUCUUUCACUCUGCUCGACCUACAGUAUUUGAGUAUGAUUUGAUUGUAUUUGUGUAUGACUUGCUGACUUGAUUGGAUAGUAUUGAGAACAAAGCUUUUCACUGUACCUCAGUAUCCAUGACAAUAAUAAACCUAAAGCUCAAUGUUCAAUAACA